UUACCUUUAUUUUUUUGUACUCGUGCUCUGAACUGUGUGUUGCUUUAAAAUUGAAGCCAACAGCUAAAGUCUAAAAACUCUCCAUUACCAUCAAAUUCAUUCAAUUACCCUUCUUUUCUCUCUAAUGGCAACAAGAGAGAAAGAAGAAGGAACUCCCAAAAAAGUAUGGCUUUACUCAGCUUUACUAACUCUUCAGUACGGUUCUCAGCCUUUGAUCUCUAAGCGUUUCACCAGACGAGAGGUGAUCGUUACUUCUUCAGUUUUGGCAUGUGAAGUUGCAAAGGUUAUAUGUGCUAUUUCAGUUCUCAUAGUUGAUGGCAGUUUUACAAAAUUAUGCAAAAACUGGUCUUUGCUCAGGGCACUAACCUUUUCAGGACUUCCAGCUGCAAUAUAUGCACUGCAGAAUAGUUUGCUCCAGAUAUCUUACAAAAAUCUUGACUCCCUUACGUUUUCAAUGCUGAAUCAAACCAAGUUAUUUUUCACAGCAUUCUUUGGGUUUAUGAUAUUAAGGCAGAAACAAUCGAUUCAACAAAUCGGAGCUCUAUUUCUUUUGAUAGUUGCCGCUGUACUUCUAAGUAUUGGUGAAGGCACUAGCAAAGGUUCGAAGAGCCGAAAUCCUGAAGAAGUGCUAUUUUACGGGAUUGUUCCUGUCUUGGUUGCCUCUGUGCUUUCAGGUCUAGCUUCUGCUUUGUGUCAAUGGGCUUCUCAGGUCAAGAAACACUCCUCAUACUUGAUGACCAUUGAAAUGUCAAUUUUUGGAAGCAUGUGCCUGUUGGCCAGUUUGUCCCAAUCCCCUGAUGGAGAUGCUAUGAGAAAGUAUGGAUUCUUUUACGCAUGGACUCCUUUAACUUUGGUCCCUAUUGUAGCAAAUGCUCUUGGUGGGAUUCUUGUCGGUCUUGUCACAACUUAUGCUGGUGGUGUCAGGAAGGGUUUUGUCAUUGUGUCUGCACUACUUGUGACAGCCUUGUUGCAGUUCAUUUUUGAUGGGAAACCACCUUCACCAUAUUGCCUUGUGGCUCUUCCACUUGUGAUUACUAGCAUCUCGAUAUAUCAGAAGUACCCUUACCGCGUCAAAAAGAAGAAAGCUUAGACCACAAUCAUAACAGGUCGGAGAAGUUCUUUUUUUUCGGUCUUCUUACCUCACUCGCAUAUGGUAGGUCUGUUAAAGAGUUUGCACCUGCAAUCUAGGGUAUUUAUCUAGUGGGCGUGAGUUUUCAUAGGUUAAAAACCGAGGUGUUGGCUCUUCUUUUCUUUCUUUUCUUUUACACUAUUCGUUAACUAUUGAACUAAGAUAUUGAUCUAGCGAGCCAUAGAUGAUGAUCGCCUAUUAUUGAACGAUGAAUAUCCUCCCCUGCGCAAGAAUAUAGAGUAGAGCGUCUUUUCUUAACGAUUUGAUGUAUUCAAUUUCUAGGCUUCAUAAUGGAAAUGGGAACAAGAGAUUUGUAACUAGUAAUUAACUUACAAAUGAAAUGAUUGCGUUCAAUUACUGUUCGUCUUUUAAGUAAAUAUAUCAACGAAAAAAGCUCCUUCUAUUCUAAUAUGAUGUUUCAUUUAUUUUGACAUUA